CUACAACCCCCACAACUGAAGGCCCCACAAAUCUGGCUCCAACUAGCACAACAACAGCCACCACAACUCUGGCUCCAAGCACAACUACAGCGACAACAACUGUAACUCUAAUCACCACAACUGCAGCUCCCUCAUCCCAGGCUCCAGCCACAACAAAUGUGACCACCAUAUCUCCUGCCCAAGCCACUACAACAUCAGACACCAUAACUCCGGAGCCAAGCACAACUGCAACCACGACAAGUGCGGCUCUAAUCACCAUGACUAUGGUUCCCCCAACUCUGGCUCCAACCACCACAUUUGCAGCCACCACAACUCUAGCUCCAACCACCACAGCUGCAGCCAUCACAAAUCCGGCUGUAGCUACUACAACUGUAGCCCCGACAACUCUGGGCCCAAGCACCAUAACCGCAGCCACAACAACUACAGCUGCAGCUACUACAAAUUCAGCUGUACCCACCACAACUAUGGAUGAAGCUACUACAACUGUAGCACCCACAACUCUGGCUUCAGCCACUACAAGUGUACCCACCACAUCUGAAGCUCCAACCACCACAACUGUACCAAGCACAUCUCAGUCUCCUACCACAACUGAAGCCUCAGCACCUCCAGCCUCAACCACAUCUGCAGUCACCACAGCUUUGGCUACAACCACAACUGAAGGGCCCACAACUCUGGCUCCAAAUACCUCAGCAACAGGUACGACAGCUGGAAUUCCAACCACAACUGUACCCACUACAUUUCUGGCUCCAGCCACUACAACUUCAGGCACCAUAACUCCGGAGCCAACCACAACUUCAACCACUACAAGUGCGGCUCUAACCACCGUGACUGUGGUUCCCUCAACUCUGACUCCAACCACCACACCUGCAGCCACAGCAAUUACAACUGUAGCCCCCACAGCUCCGACUGCAACCACCCCACAUGUAGUCACCACAACUCUGGCCCCGACCAUUGUAUCUGUUGCCACAAGAACUGCAACUGCAGCAACUACAAAUUCUCUAGCUCCAACCACCACAGCUGCAGCCAUCACAACUCCGGCUGUAGCUACUACAAUUGUACCCACCACAUCCGAAGCUCCAACCACCACAACUGAAGCAUUAGCACCUCCAGCCUCAACCACAUCUGCAGUCACCACAGCUUUGGUUACAACCACAACUGAAGGGCCCACAAAUCUGGCUCCAAAUACCACAACAGUAGGUACCACAACUCCAAUUCCAACCACAAGUAUACCCACUACAUCUCUGGCUCCAGCCACUACGACUUCAGGCACCAUAACUCCGGAGCCAACCACAACUUCAACCACUACAAGUGUGGCUCUAACCACCAUGACUGUGGUUCCCUCAACUCUGGCUCCAACCACCAGGCCUGCAGCCACAGCAACUACAACUGUAUCCCCCACAGCUCUGACUCCAACCGCCCCACAUGUAGUUACCACGACCCUGGCUCCGACCACUGUAUUUGUAGCCACAAGAACUGCAACUGCAGCUACUACAAAUUCUCUAGCUCCAACCACCCCACCUGCAGUCACAGCAACUCCAACUGUAGGUAUUACAACUGUAGCCCCCACUACUCUGACUCCAACCACCCCACAUGCAGCCACCACAACUCUGGCCCCGACCACCGUAUCCGUAGCCACAACAACUGCAACUGCAGCUACCACAAAUUCAGCUGUACCCACCACAACUAUGGAUGAAGCUACUACAACUGUAGCACCCACAACUCUGGCUCUAACCACCUCAACUGCAGCCACCACAACUCUGGCUUCAGCCACUACAACUGUAACCACCUCAUCUGAAGCUCCAACCACCACAACUGUACCAAGCAUGUCUCAGUCUCCUAACACAACUGAAGCCAUAGCACCUCCAGCCUCAACCACAUCUGCAGUCACCACAGCUUUGGCUGCAACCACAACUGAAGGGCCCACAACUCCGGCUCCAAAUACUACAGCAACAGGUACCACAGCUGCAAUUCCAACCACAACUAUAUUCACUACAUCUCUGGCUCCAGCCACUACAACUUCAGGCACCAUAACUCUAGAGCCAACAACAACUUCAACCACUACAAGUGUGGCUCUAACCACCAUGACUGUGGUUACCCCAACUCUGUCCCCAACCACCCCACCUGCAGUAACAGCAACUACAACUGUAGCCCCCACAGCUCCGACUCCAACCACCCCACAUGUAGUCACCACAACUCUGGCCCCGACCACUGUAUCCGAAGCCACAACAAAUACAACUGCAGCUACUACAAAUUCAGCUGUACCCAUCACAAAGAUGGAUGAAGCUACUACAACUGUAGUACCCACAACUCUGGCUCUAACAACCUCGACUUCAGUCACUGCAAUUCUGGCUUCAGCCACCUCAACUAUACCCACCACAUCUCUGGCUGCAACCACCACAACUGAAGCCUUAGCACCUCCAGCCUCAACCACAUCUGCAGUCACCACAGCUUUGGCUACAACCACAGCUGAAGGCCCCACAACUCUGGCUUCAAACACUACAGAAGCAGCUACCACAACUCCAAUUCCAACCACAACUGUACCCACCACCUCUGCAGUCACCACAACUGAAGGGCCCACAACUCCAGCUCCAAAUACCACAGCUGCAAUUCCAACCACAACUAUACCCACUACAUCUCUGGCUCCAGUCACUACAACUUCAAGUACCAUAACUCCAGAGCCAACCACAACUUCAACCACUACAAGUGCGGCUCUAACUACCCUGACUGUGGUUACCCCAACACUGGCUCCAACCACCCCACAUGUAGUCACCACAACCCUGGCUCCGACAACUGUAUUUGUAGCCACAAGAACUGCAACUGCAGCAACUACAGACUCUGUAGCUCCAACCACCACAGCUGCAGCCAUCACAACUCCGGCUGUAGCUACUACAACUGCAGCACCUGCAACUCUGGCUCUAACUACCUCGACUGCAGCCACCACAACUCUGGCUUCAGCCACUACAACUGUACCCACCACAUCUGAAGCUCCAACCAUCACAACUGUACCAAGCAUGUCUCAGUCUCCAUCUACCACAACACCGAUCACCACAACUCAUGGCACAAUAGAUUUGGGUCCAAGUAGCGCAACAGUUACCACAACUCUAGCUCCAACCACUACUGCAGCUAUAACAACCACAACUCAAACUCCCAAAACCCUGACUGCAGCCAAUACAUCUUCAGCUCUAACUGUACCUACAAGAACUCUGGCCCCAACUACCACAACAGUGGCCCCUACAACACUGGCUGUAGCUCCCACAACUGUAGCCAUCACAGGUUUGGCAUCACUUGCACAUCUAAAGAUGAAGAUAACUUCUUAUGGAGAGGUCAGCAAUGGAACCGUCAUUGAACUUGUUAAACAGUUUUUAAGAGAGAAUCUCCUGAAUGGAACAGCCCAUGCAGUGGCAGUGACAAACAUUCAAAGGAUUAGAGCCGCCCCAUAGAAGCUUCACAUGGACAGAAAUAGUCAUAAGGGUGUGGUGGCGGUUUUGUUUUAACACAAUGUGAAGGGGAAGUUCACCUCAACCGCUUCAUCGCAGCCGGUUUUCGUCAGUUUGAGCACAACUUAUCAAAUGUAUCUGUACACCUCUGUCCUGCAACCAAUUCUUCCAAACCACCAGAAGAACCUUGAUUGAACUUCAGACUCAGUUCUGUCUUAUGCCUCUUUAACAGAAUCUGUCAAAUUAAAUCACCAAACAAUAUUUUUGUUUUCCCAGGAACAUGAAUAUAUGUGCAUUUUGCUGCAGUAUCAAAUUGCACAGUACAAUGGGAAGCUCAAACGAAGCAAUCUGACCCGUCAAAGACGUUUUUUAAGACGUGUCAGAAAUUCACAUGCUCUGUAACUGGAGGACCAGCUGCCAUGCUGAAAACUCUGUAACCAGGAAACUGGUAAACUGUGUUUCUCAUUCACUGCUCUCAUUGAUGAUAUGCAAACACGGAGAAGUUUCACAUGACACGCUGGAAACAAUAACCUUGGAGAGUGUCUCAUACUGAUACCAAUUCAUUGGAAAACCUGAAUAUGAGCAGGCUGCUUGUUCAGUGCGUGGGUGGUGCUGUGCAAUAAAACCACACUGAGAAAUAUUUGAUUAAGACAAGGAAGUCUAAAAAGACAUUCAUUAAUGAUUAAGGAUUUAUGUGUGUGCUCAGUUUUGUCCAUUUGCCCUCUGUUGACUCACCUCGUAUUGAGUUUACCUGGUGUGGAAUGUAUAAACAUGUUGCAGUGUUUGUUUUUUACACCUGCAGACAGAAUGAAUUUAUUCUCACCAUCACUGAUUUCAAUAUAUUUUUAAACGAUUAUUUUUGUACUAGGAUUAUUCUGUUUAGUUUGUUUUAGUCAUUUGUUUGUAGUCACUUUUACGUCAAGUUAUAUGAUCAUUUCUACACUGUCAUAACCAA